AUGAGAGGGUCAUCAUUGGGACGCUCAACUACACACUCCAAUGACUUACCACCACUUGGUACUUUAGAGUUAUUGGAUGAGAACAGUGAAGGAGAACAUUCACCCGGUGAUAGCAUUGAAAGUGGGGCAAGGGCAAGUACUAAUAAUGCAAAAAAGUCAAAAAAAGAUGGAUAUAAGAGGGACGCAAGAGGGCGCAUAUAUGUACACCUUAGAGGUGAUAAAUUGUGUCCGACUGGUGUAGUGGCCAACAUAUGCAAUAAGGCUUUUAAGCACAUAGUUGACCCGGGAGCAUACAGCCAAGCAACGCUUUCGGAUGAAUAUAUUGAACAUUAUUGGAAAGAAUUUGAGGUGGAAUGCAAGAAAGCUUUUCACAGUCAAUGCAAAGCUAGAUACGGCGAUAUCAUGGGUUAUAAGAAAAAGACAAUGAAGAAACCGGCCUACUUCACGGAUGACCAGUGGACGAAAUGCACCGAUGCCUGGAAUCUUCCUGAGAAUAUCACGGUUUCUGAGAGGUGCUCGAAUAAUUGA